UACCCAAAACUUCGUUUUGAAAGAAAAUGGCAAAGAUCAAAUAUCUGAUGGAAAAAAUAAAGAAGAAAAAUGAACGAUAUAAAAAGGAAAAACAAAGAAAAAAGAAAAAAAAAAUAUCUAAAAUCGAAUGGGAACAAGGAGACAGGGCUGGGGGUGUGGUGACUUGAGGUGCUUGGUGAGGGAGAGUGGUAAAGGGAAAUAUUGGGAGGUUAUAUUUUUUUCUUUAUUGUUGGAGGCUGUAAUGUGCUAAUCUUUGGGCUUGGUGAGGAACGACCAUUAGGAGGAGAGCAGGGUGACAUAAAUCAAUCAGUUUCUUAUUUGCUGCUGGGGGAACCGACAGGUUUCAGUAACUACAAGCCAUGGCAGUGGCAAAUUUCCCUGCACUUCAGUUUAAAACUUGCGAUAUUUUUCGUUCCACUCCAAAAUGUUUCAAAUUGCUCCCCUUCCAAAAGACAAAUCUUUUUGUUAAGACAUUAGUAGUUGAAGCAAAAGCAAAUACCAGAACAGAAAGCGCUAAAAUUAGGAACAGAAGAAUGCUAAAGAAGUUUAAUGGCACCCCAAGAAGACCAAGACUGUCGGUAUUCUGUUCAGAGAAGCAGUUGUAUGCUAUGUUGGUCGAUGACAAAAACAAGAAGUGUUUAUUUUAUGGAAGUACUUUGCAGAAAUCUAUUCGUGACGAUCCCACUUGCACCACCAUUGAUGCUGCUAAACGUGUUGGUGAAGAGCUUGUAAAGGCUUGUAUUGAUCUUAACAUAAACGAAAUAUCAUAUUAUGAUCGCAAUGGAUUUGCACGCGGUGAGAGAAUGCAAGCCUUUGAGAUUGCAAUAUCAAACUAUGGUUUCCUGCCUACAUAGAACUUAAUCCAAUGACCUUUUAAACCCUCGGUUUUUAGUAUUAAGUAAUCAAUCAUGUAAUUUGCCAGUGUAGGAUCUGAGAUAACAAUUUGCAAGAUUUAUCGAAUGUAAAAGCCCUUUAUUAGUUUGAUGCAUUCUUCAAUUGUCUACAACUUUUGUCGUGUUUUUAUGAUUUAAUGUAACAAUCAGAUUCUGCGA